AUGUUUAAAAAUAAAAUCAAAGAUGAUCGGCCAGGUCAAAAGUGGUUUGGAAAAUUCUUGGCCAGAAAUAAUGAAGUCUCACUUAAAAAUGCGGAAGGUAUUAAUAAAGCUAGAGCCCAAGUCACAGAAGAGUCGAUCAGAUUGUGGUUUAGAGAACUUGAGGAAUAUUUGGACAGUAUACACCAAAAAGAUAUUUUGAAUGAUCCGAAAAGAAUUUUUAAUGGAGACGAAAGUGGAUUUGCUCUUUGUCCAAAAACAGGAAAAGUUUUAGGCCCAAGAGGUUUCAAGAACUUAUAUCAAAUAAAGCCAAGUAAUGAAAAAGAAAACUUAACGGUAUUAUUGAUAUUUAAUGCGAAUGGAGAUAUGUGCCCACCUUGUGUCGUGUUUUCAUACAUUAGACCACCAAAGGCUGUAGUGAAUACUAUUCCCCAAGAAUGGUGCUUAGGCAGAUCGGAGACAGGUUGGAUGAGAGGAGAAGUAUUCUUUGAAUACGUGACCAACGAGUUUCACAACUGGGUGGUGGAAAAUAACAUCAUAAAACCAAUUCUUCUGCUGGUAGACGGGAGCGUCUUUGCACCAGUAAAAACAUAUUGGAAAACUACAGUCCGCGCAUUCCUAUCAAAACCAGAAAAUUUAAAUUCUGCCGUUACAAAAACAAACUUUUACACAUUAUUAAAUGAAGCAUUACAACAUCCUAACAUGGCCGACAACAUCAAAAACAGGUUUAAGCGAUGUGCUCUAUACCCAUUCGAUGCAAAUAGUCCUGAUUACACUAAAUGUGUAAGAAAUACUUUGGAAAAUGUACAGGCCAUUGAUCAACAGUCACAAGAUAUUACCCACUCGGACAUCAAAAGUUUUAAAACACCUGAAACCGACACUAAAAAAGUUGGCUUUGCAGAGAUUUCUAUCGAAACGGAAUCUGAGAGGUCUCUUAUGGAACUAUCAAUAGAACAAAAUAGUACUAUUUUAGAAUUGGAUGCAACUAAAGAAAUCACCAUCUCUUCAUUACACGUAGAAGACGAAAACAUAAAUGAUGAAGCUAACUCCGAUUCGACUGUGCAGGUUCAAACAGUAACAGCCGAAAUACAUUCUGCACCAAAACCAUCCACCAAUGCCGAGCCUUGCUCAUCAAAAAUCACCAGCAACAGAAAUCUAGCUUCUUCUAAAAUUGACUAUGAUGAAAUCACACUAUAUCCGGAUAGUUCUAAAACUCUUGAUACCAACAAAAACAAUUCGUUCUCUGAUUUGUCUUUUUCGACGUUACACUUUUCUGGCCUUGAUCUUGACUCUAUCGUGUCCUUAGACGACGUUCUAAUUCUACCAUUAGAAGAUAUCAUAUUAUCAACUUCCACUCCCACUACGUCAAGUGUUGAAAAAGAAAGUCCUACUAAGGAACAAACGCUAGAACCGCCCCUGACCUUUUUGAUUCAUACAGUAUCAAUUGUAUCGCCAUCCUUCGUUUUACCUACAGAAAACUCUCCUCUAGUACAACCAUCUUCAGCAGCUGUUGGCGAUUCAAGUAAAAAAAAACCUGUGAUCCAUUUAAAAACCACCUGA